AUGAGCGCUCAAGCCAGCAGCGUCGACUUCACCCUUCACUAUGUCGCACCCGGCGAUGUCGAUGACCUCGUCAGAGUGCACACCGCCGCCUUCAAGACGGACCAGUUCUCGAACCUGAUGCUCCUCGGCCGCGCCGACGACGCCCACGAGAAGCUCAUGCGCAAAGCCAUCGAGGGCUGGAUCUCUGCUCCAUACACCAGUUUCAUGAAAGCGACCGACGCAAGCGGUCGGGUUCUGGGAUGGUCUUGUUGGCAAGUGAAAGACGACACUGGAGAGUGGGAAGCUGUUUACAAGGCAGAGUCAAAGGACGGCAGCAGCAGCGUGGAUAAGGCGGAGGGACCGGAGGAAUCAGCGGUGGAGAAGGAACAGGAACCGCAAAAGGAGGACCCGGCUCGGGCUCUGGGAGGCCUCAUGUACAAGGAGAGAGUGCCCAUCGAGGAGAAGUACAUGAAGGGGAAGAGGUACGCGGUGUUGCAGGGUCUUGCCACGGAUCCGGCUUAUCAGCGACGGGGGAUUGCGACGAAGCUGAUCCAGGCGGGACUUGAGAAAAUUGACUACGAGGGUCUCGCAUGCUGGAUCCAUGCCUCACCUUCAAGUUAUGGUAUGUACGCAAAGGUUGGGUUUGAGGAGGUUGGGAGGAACGAGUAUGACCUGGACGAGUGGGCUCCAGGUGGUCGACAGGGCGACAACCGUUGGGGACGGUAUAUUUUUAGGCAUAUGCUCAGGAAAGAAAAUCCUUCCUGA